AUGCACUUGGAAGGCCAAACAAGAAGAAAUUCAUUGCUAGAUCUAAAUCAUACCAUGGUUCAACUCUCAUAUCCGCUAGUCUUUCUGGUCUUCGAGCAUUGCAUCAGAAAUUUGAUCUGCCUACUCCGUUUUUUUUUUUUGCGUACUGAUUGUGAAACAGAGGAGCAGUUUUCCACAAGAUUAGCAACCAGCUUGGAAAAUCUAAUUCUCAAAGAGGGACCAGAAACGAUUGCUGCAUUUAUUGCAGAACCAGUUAUGGGAGCAGAAGGUGUGACACCUCCACCUGAAGGUUACUUUGAGGUUUUGGUUUGA